UCUGCCCUGAGCGAAUUUCUCACCACUCCCAGUCUUGGCCGUUUGGGGGUGUGAGGUACGGGAUCAGAACCUCAAAUUUGGUCAGUGUCCGGCACCUCCCUUUCCACCUGCUUGUGGAAUCGCGUUGCAGAGUCCGUCCCUGUCAGAGGGGGCGGGGCCGCUCCUUAUACCGGCAGAGAAAGGGACAUCCCCUGGAGUAGAUGCUCAACUACGGUCUGCACAGGACUGAAGUCUCCUUGUGCGAUUCUGACCCUGGACCUGGACGGCUCCCGGCCCCGAACUGAUCUCAGACUUACCCCAGAUCCCAGUCUGACCUAAGUGCCUGAACUAACCUCAGACUCUAGGAACUUGGACUGACUGACUCAGACUUGUGAAGCCCAGUGCGGACAGGAGCCAGAACCAGGAGCUUUGGCGUUCUACUGGAGGCAUAAUCUCAACCUCCUAUGCAGAGCGGCUCCGGUUCCCGACUCACCCGGCUUAGUGAGCAGACUAUGAGCCUGCCCGGGGCGCUGUUGGCCGAGCUGCUGCUCCUGCUCUGGCCCCUGGCCCAGGUCCCCACGGCCGCUGCCUCCCGCGAAGCUCCGUUCCGCGUGGGCGCCUUCAACAUCCGCAGUUUUGGGGAUAACAAAGUGGCCGAUCCCGCCUGCGGCAGCUUCAUCGCCCAGAUCUUGGCGGAGUAUGACGUGACCCUGGUUCAAGAGGUCAGAGACCCGGACCUGAGCGCCGUAUCCGCGCUCCUGGAGGAGAUCAACAGUAUAUCCGAGUACACUUACAGCUACGUGACCAGCGAGCCACUGGGACGUGACAACUACAAAGAGAUGUAUCUGUUUGUCUACAGGACAGAGACACUUUCUGUGUUGGAUAGUUACUGUUACCCGGACCCUGAAGAUGUUUUCAGCAGAGAACCCUUCAUUGUCAAGUUUUCAUCUCCAAAUACAGCUGCAAAAGAAUUUGUCCUAGUGCCCCUACAUUCGGCCCCACACAAUGCUGUGGCAGAGAUUGAUGCCCUGUACGAUGUCUAUUUGCAUGUGAUUGACAAAUGGGGGACUGAUGACAUCCUUUUCCUAGGUGACUUCAAUGCAGACUGUAACUAUGUCAAGCAGCAUGACUGGGCCAAUAUCAGGCUUCGAACUAGCGAGAUUUUUAAAUGGCUUAUACCUGAUGAUGCUGACACCACUGUGGGUAAUUCUGACUGUGCUUAUGACAGGAUUGUGGUCUGUGGCUCUCGGCUGAGAAAAUGCAUCGCACCCAACUCAGCUACAGUGAACAACUUUCAGAAGUCCUUCAGCCUGGAUCAGACUGCAGCUUUAGCCAUUAGUGACCACUUCCCUGUAGAAGUGACACUGAAAACUCAUUGAUGCUAAGGACUGUCUAGGAGGCUCUUCUUCAGCCUCUCGUCACAUGCAACAAACAGCCCCACAGGACACCAAGGUGGGACAGCUUUCCUGGACUCUAGAGGAGUCAGGUGCGACAGAUGUUUUUGCUUUUCCAAGACUGAAGCUUUCCAGGACCUCACAUUUUAAACUGGUUCAAUCCCUGGGUCCUGGGGGUCCUGAAACAGUUCUAGCAGUGGCCUGGAAGCACAUAUUCCCAGCUCCAAUGAGAGGCCCAUCCUCUUCCCUUUCCCUGACACCACCAAAUGCUUUCUGCUGGGAACUCUCACUCAGCCUAACAGAUGUGGAAUUCAAUCUAAACCUCAAACACAAAAUUCUUCAGGGGUUUUCUAUGGAUCUUGACAACUAGCAAGAACCAUGGACAAGAUAACUAAAUUAUUAGAAUGGGAAAGUCCAGAUGCAGUCCCACUUCAGAAACUUACAAGGUCAACAACUCUGAUUUUGGAUGCAUUAGCAGAAUGAAUUCAUUUCAUAGUUUUAUAUUCCCUGGGCUCAUCUUCUGCCAUGGCUCUUCAUAUCCCUGAUUUUACUCUCCAGCAGGAACUGGGGAACAGGCUGCUGUGACCUGCCCUUUUUUGCAUUUUGAGGUCAGGGCUACUAGUUAACACAUUGUGAUCAGCAUUUCACAGACCAGGACAGCAGCUAGCUCUUCUUCAGUUUACCUGGUAAGAGUCAAUGUUCAGAAAAAACCCACUUUAGAGAAAACAAUUUUCUGAACACAUAUAUUUGAAAAACAGGAAGGUGUCACUUUAACUGGUGUUCUAUCCACAAAAUACUACUCAUAGAUAUUAAAAUUUUGGCUCUCCACUCGGUCACUCCUCGGUCAGUUUUUAAAUAACAAAUCUUACAUUUUGUGCUUUGCUGCUUUUCACAUCCAUAAUUUCACUUGUCAUAAAAGCCAUGUGAGUUAUGUAGUAGAGGGAUCAUUCUUUCUGUCGGACAGGUAAAGAAACUGAGGUCCAGAAGUUAAGGGGCUCAGUCCCAAACAAUAGUGCCUUGCAUUCUUAUAGUCCUUUUCCAUUUAUGAUUUCAUUAGAUUUUUCUAAAAACAUACCUCUUCUGAAGACCUUCACAAAUAAGUUGGUACUACAUCUCCAAGAGCUUGGAAGACUUGGGUCCUCAAGUGACACACAGUGAUUGUGUGGUCAUGGGCAAGUUAUUUUACCUCUGAGGUAAAACGGCCCUUUUCCAAGGCCCUUUUCCUGCAUAGCUGGUGGAGGAAGUGUUCACACAGGUUUGGCUCCUUCCUUUCCACCCCUCCAAAAUUAUGCUCCAUUCAGGAACCUCAUUAUGCUACCCAAAGGAUUAGAACAACCUCGUGUUUGAUGAUUUAGACUAAAAAUAUCUAGGGCCGGGAAGGAAUUUUCUACACAAUUAACAUAUGCCUAUCUGAAAGUUUAGAUUUUGUUCCUGAAAUGUCAACCUUUGGCACCCACAUGAGUAGGAUUUGGAAAUAGCUAUGAAGAAUACGUAACUGACUGUUCCAGGAGAAAAUGGGCUUUGGAACUCAUUCUUUGAGAGUGAGUUAAUAGAAGCAUUUAUAAAUCUUGCAAGAAAUGAGUAUUGUGAAGCUACCAUCAUCCCCUCUUCUCUUCCCCAUUCCCAUUCUCUGCAAUACUCAUUCCAAAGACAAAUGAACAAUCAAGAAUCCUGAAAAGCGGUUUAUUUGAAAAGUCCUAUCGGGGGAAAACGUAUUUCCACUCUGAGUGCAUACAGGGGCAGCAGGGAGGUGGUCCUUGCAGCUCACUGGUUACCUGGGGAACUGCUUCUCACCACUAGCAACCAGGCAGCCCUAAGGCUGGGGAGCACAAAAAUCUUAGGACUUUUAUUCACAAUUCUCAACUUUGAGCAAAGGAGGGCCCUUAGUCAAGGAGUUAUGCUUCCAAGCUCCAGUAAGCCCACUACUCAUGAUUCCCAGGUAAAGUGGUGCUCAGGAGCACGAGACUUCCUUUCCACAUCAUCAGCCGUGUGUGGGGGAUGGUGUGGGGUUAGGGGGAGGGGACAAAAAGCAGUGAUGGGAAGAGAGGAAGGAUACCUUUGGGAUAUCAGGAUAAAGGGGACAGAAUCUUCUGAAAA